AUGAUGGUUCGUAAAAGACCUGGUGGUGUAAUUGAUUUGUCAGACUCUAGUGAUUCAGACAUUGGUGGCUCUAAAGAUGUCCAGUGUUCUCAGUUACCUUUUACAGACUAUGAUUCCUAUGCAUCAUUAUCAGAAACCCAGAAUGAUUCUUCCAGUGACACCUCAAGUUUUGAUCGCCAGCUCUAUGAGAAGUGCCUAAAAGAUUAUAAGAAGAUUAAGGUUUUGAAGAAAAGGUUACAGAUGGCUAUGAGACAUAAGUCAAAGAAGAAGAAAAUUGAAAAGAAGACUAAGGAUGGCUUCACUAGGUUUUCUGCCACAGCUUUUAUGAAUGUGAUAUCUGCUCUGUCCCCUGAGAAAAGGGCUAUCAUUGAGAGUUAUGGUUUUGGAUCUUUGUUGAAGUUCAACAAGUGUUUCGUGCCGAAUAAGUUUGCUAACUGGGUUGCACGUCUAGUUGAUUCGAAAUCUGGUGACAUUAUCCGUGAUGGAAAGGUUAUUUCUCUUACUGAAGAAUUUGUUCAUUUGGUUCUUGAUCUCCCGAAAGGAAGCAGGUGUUUCCCAUCUGAUUCAAGUGCUGGUAGAGAUGCUGUCUUAUCAAAGUUUGGAAAGGAUAGGAUACCUCCUGUUUCAUUUUUUGCUGACAAGUUAAUCAAUAAGGAUGAUUUACCAGAUGAGGAUAUGUUCAUUUGCUUCAUGAUAGUUGCUUUGAGUAGCUUUUUAUGUCCGAAUACCAAUACUGUUCCAAGUCCCAAGUAUUUUGGUGUUUUUGAAGAUAUUGAUCAGAUCAAGGAAUAUAAUUGGUGCGGUUUUGUGUUGGAUUGGUUGCUGGAGCAUAUAAAGGCAUUCACUAGAGGGAAGAAUGAGAAAUCAAAACGUUGUCAAGGUCUUGGUGGUUGCUUAUAUUACCUUGUGGUUGUUUACUUAGAUCACAUUGAUUUCCGCCAGCGUCAAGUUCCAGACUGUAUUCCUCGAAUUUCAGUUUGGAAAGAAGAUAUGAUUCAGUUUUAUGCUAAUCUUGAUGUGAAAUCUCCUGGUGUCUAUGGUUAUAGACCCUUGCUUGAUUUUGAGAAAACUUGCUACUACAAGUGUGUUCGUCUUAGACCAGUAACCUGUGCCGAUGACCUUGAUGUUGAAUUUUGUAAUAAGAUGGAAAGUGUUUCUGGUUGUCAGCUUCCUUUGAGCUUGAAGCUUGAAAUAUCAAGGUUGAUUGAUGAGCAUUGCUUUAAUUCUGGUAUGUCGUUGUCGAUGGAUGUGACUUCUCUUGGGAAUGUUUCAAAGAAAUUUCAAGAUAUGUUUGCAAAGAUGAUGCGUCACAUAUGUAGAAUUGAUGCUAGAUCAAAGGAUUUGGUCGUUGAUAUUAUGCAAGCUAUUUCUAAGACUGUUCCUGAUGACAAUGAUGAAAUUGGUUCUGAUGUUGAUAGAAAUGAAGAUAAUGUAUCUCCUGUUUUAUCUGAGAGAGAAGAAGCUAAUGUUGUUGCUGCUAAGGAUACCUCCCCUGUUAUUUGUACUGGUUCGAGGCCUUUUCUUGAAACUGUUAAGCACCAGACCAAGAAAUCAGAGGCUAUGUAUAAUUCUAAUUUGGAAAAUAUGAGGAUGAGCACACAAACUCCUUGUUUCUCUCUUGGCAAGACUCAUGGUUUUCCUACUGAUUUAUCUGUUAAUCCUGAAAGUUUGGCCAAUCGUUCUGAUUUUAAAGUCAGGGAUUCUUCAACUGGUGGGAAAGUUCCUCUUCAUGGCCCUAGAAGAAUGGUUUGUCCAAAUAGAGUUCUUAUUAAUGAUUUCAUUGGCAAUGAAGAUAAGUUCAAACCUUCUCCGUCUGAAUUAGCAAAUUACAAAGCUAUCUGUGCCUUGGCCAGUUCUCGUUCUAGCAAUUUGGAUGCUUUGUACUUUGGAGGUGUUCGUUGCACCUACUGGUCCUUAGGUGAAUCUAUGAAGCUUGGUGGUACAGUCAACAAUUAUGUAGUUGCUGCAUUUUGUUAUCAUUUGUUUUGCCGCCCAGAUGGUCAUCCAGAUAUAUCUAAGCGUCAUUACUUCUUUCCGAAUAUUUCAGACAACCUGCUAAAAGAUCAUGAUGAAGUUUUUGGGCAUGUUAUGAUGAAAGCUUUUGAGCGUUCUGCGAAGUCAAGGCCCCUUUUUAAGUCUGAUGUGAUCCCUGAAUUUACAUACUGGUGGGACAAGCUUGUGAAGCGUGAUAUGAAGUUCAAAGACUAUGGUGUCAAAUAUCCUGUUGUGCCCAAGCAGUCUCCAUAUGAUAAUUUUGAUUCAGGAAUUUACAUUAUGAUGUUUCUUGAGUAUUGGACUUCGCCUCGUUCUUCUCUGUGUUCUUUAUUCAGUAGUGACGACAUUCCAAAUAUAAGAGUCAAGUUAGCAAAUGAAAUGUUUUUCAACCCAAGGAACACUGGGAACAAGAAUCCAGUGAUCACUUUUGAUCAUGAUGAGGAUGGUGGUUAUUUGUAG